CAUAAAAAACUGAAAAGAAGAAAACCCCUUUCGUCUCUUAUCCAAAGGACGGAGUCCAAUGAAAGUAAACAGUGCAGCGUGCUUUUUACAGCCGCGUCCCUCAUUUGUUCACUAGGUCUGAGGUGAUCUUGAGUGAGAAUUCUGUUUCUUAUGUUUGUCAUAAUGUUAUAGUUUAUGUCGAAAACAACUAUCCAAAGGGCGCGUUCUACCGAAUCUAGUGUUAGCUUGCUUAAUCGUUAGGCUUUCGGAAUGGGACAUAAACAAGAAAAUAACAGUAUUUUUUCGAAGUGGCCGCGGUCGACGAAGUUCGCCUUGUCUGCUUGUGCAGCUGCUGUUGCUGAAAUAGUUACAUUCCCGCUGGACUUGACGAAAACCAGGCUUCAGAUCCAAGGUGAGGUUGCCCUUGGUAAACAUGCGAACGGAGGCAACGGUCAGAUGGUGUACCGGGGGAUGCUGCGCACUGCCAUCGGGAUUGUGCGUGAAGAGGGCCCACUGAAGCUAUGGCAGGGUGUCACACCGGCCAUCUACAGACAUAUAGUGUAUUCGGGGGUGCGGAUGGUCGCCUACGAACAGCUUCGGGAUUCGGUGCUGGGCAGAAGAGCGGACGCCAGCUUUCCGUUUUGGAAAGCCGUGGUGGGGGGUAUGGUUGCGGGGGCUGUGGGCCAGUUCAUGGCCAGCCCCACGGACCUGGUGAAGGUGCAGAUGCAGAUGGAGGGCAGGCGCAGACUGGAGGGGAAGCCCCCUCGGGUGCAUGGCGUCUACCACGCUUUCCUGAAAAUCGUCUCUGAGGGAGGGAUCCGAGGCCUGUGGGCAGGGUGGGUCCCCAAUGUGCAAAGGGCUGCCCUGGUCAAUUUAGGAGAUCUUACGACAUACGACACAGUGAAGCACUUCUUACUGAGAAAUACCUCUCUCCAAGACAACAGUCUCUGUCAUGCUUUGGCAAGUACUUGCUCAGGUUUGGUUGCAGCCACCAUGGGCACGCCUGCUGAUGUAGUUAAAACAAGAAUCAUGAACCAACCAAGAGACAGCAAUGGCAGAGGGAUUCUGUACAAGUCCUCAACUGACUGUCUAAUACAGUCUGUAAAAGGGGAGGGACUGAAGUCUCUGUAUAAAGGAUUUCUUCCCACAUGGAUGAGAAUGGCUCCUUGGUCGAUGACAUUUUGGCUGACCUUUGAACAAAUCAGAAGAGCUUUAGGCGUCAGCUCAUUUUAAGUGCCGUUUGUGGACGUUGUUGAAUUGUGCAGUCCCAAUAUUAGUCACUAUCUGUCAAAUGACAAGUGAUGCAAUGAACAUAUGA